UUCUGAGGACAGUGACCUCUGUGUCCAUUCAUCACACCCGGCACGCAGACCUGUCGCCUCCCAUCGGAACCCGCCCCCACGCCCCGUGGCCAUGGCCAGGCUGCUUCGUCCUUGCUGCUGGCCCUUCCAGGCCAUGGCCCCUCCCCUGCCACAUCCCCUCACCACCACCACCAACACCACCACACCGCCCCCCCCUUAAGUCUUGCCCACAGUUAACUCAUUUUCUCAGACUGCUUCCAAACAUAAGUCAACGCUGGACAGAGCUGUAGGAAAACCUUCCUCAAUGCUGGCCCCAGGAACCAAGCCCUGCGGUCGCAUGAAACCCAUCGCUGGGAACAGCGGCCAGAAUCCACCCAUUGCUGAGGAGGGAGCCCAUGGAGCCCACACGGAGUCCCCUGAGCCCCACCAGAAGGCGCCUACCAGGCCAGCUUUAAGGAAAGAGCGGCCCCCAGCAUCCCUGGAGCGGAAGCAGCUUCAGAACAAGGGGCUGGGCCCCAAGCGAGCUUCGCCCCAGGCCACGGCUACCUUGGGGACCGGGACAGAGAAGCCUCGCACUGAGAAGCUUGUGUCCUUGCCAGCCAGCAGGGGCCUUCGAGCGGAAGAGGGGGUGGUGGCUCCUGAGGAGGGCCAGAGCAGGAAGGCAGGGGGCCAGGAAGCCAGGCGAAGAGGCCUGAAGGCCAGGAGGCCCCCGAAAGGGGCUCCCCGCCAAUCUGGGCUGGGGACUUGGCAGCGCCAGAAGAAGCACCGCAGAGGCUGGGUCAGCAGCAGCAGCCCCACAGAGGCCACUGGCGGUGGGCAGGGCAGGCCAGGAAGCAGGCGAGGACACGGGCCUGGCGCUGCAGAGCCAGGCACCCCAGAGCACACCAUGCCCUCCCUGCCAGCCUCAUGCGUCCUGGCCCAGGCGGCCAUUGCCUGCCGCAACGUCAAGAUGAAGCACGUGCCAGCCCUGACCGACCCGGGCCUGACCACACUCUACCUGGCAGAGAACGAAAUUGCCAAGAUCCCGGCCCACGCGUUCCGGGGGCUGCCGAACCUGGAGUGGUUGGACCUGAGCAAGAACAAACUGGAUGGCCACGGCCUGCACCCCCAUGCCUUCAAGAACCUGACACGGCUGAAGCGGUUGAACCUUGAUGGGAACUUGCUGUCCACAGUGCCCGCCCUGCCCGCCUCCCUGCUGGAGCUCAAGCUCAAUGACAACCUGCUGGAGGGUCUGCAGAAGGGCAGCUUCCAGGGGCUCAGCCACCUGCUGACGCUGGAGGUAGAAGGCAAUGAGCUGCGGGAUGGGGACAUCUCCCCUUUGGCCUUCCGGCCUCUCCGCAGCCUGCUUUACCUGAGGCUGGACCGGAACCAGCUGCGGACCAUCCCACCAGGCCUGCCGGCUUCCCUGCAGGAGCUGCAUCUGGGCACCAACCUCAUCGAGGAGGUGACAGAGGGUGUGCUGAGGCACAGCCACAGCCUCGGCGUGCUGGUGCUUAGCAACAACCGGCUCCAGGAGGACCGGCUGGCGCCCCGGGCUUGGAUCGACCUCCCGAAGCUGGAGACCCUCGACCUCUCCCACAACUGGCUGGUGCACGUGCCCUCCUUCCUGCCUCGGGGCCUGAGGCGUCUGCUGCUGCACCACAACCUCAUUGAGCGCAUCCCCGGCUACGUGUUCGCGCACAUGAAGCCCGGCCUGGAGUUCCUGCACCUGUCUCACAACAGGCUACGUGCCGACGGCGUGCACGCCGUGUCCUUCUGGGGCCUGCGUGGCUCCCUGGCUGAGCUGCUGUUGGAUCAUAACCAGCUGGAGGCCGUCCCCCGAGGCCUCCUGGGUCUCAGGGGGCUGCAGGUGCUGCACCUGAGCCACAACAACAUCAGACACGUGCCCCUCAAUUCCAUCUGUGACACACGCGUGGCCCAAGACUCCAACCUCAUCUCCACGCACCUGGAGAACAACCUCAUUGACACGCGCCGCAUCCCGCCCACUGCCUUCUCCUGCAUCCGGGCCUACCACAGCGUUGUCCUCCAGCCCCAGCGGAGGGAGCCCUCCUAGCCCCGCCCUGCCUGCCGGCCUUGGACACACACAGCGCUCACUGGGGCAACGGCCCAGACCCGAGCUGGGAGAAAGAUCCAGAAGCCCUGCUGUGUGAGAAGCACCCACUUCCCUGUUGCGCUCAUGAGGCCCCUUGGCUUAGCAAACGGCCCAGCAGGGAGUGAGGGGGCGAUGCUGGUUUGAACUUGAACGUAAUAAACGCAUC